AUGGAUCUUCUAUCAGUCUUGCCUGGCUUUGCAAUAAAACCCUACGCCCAUAUUUUGCCUUCGCUCGAGCGCUGCACAAUUACUACUGUUGAUCUUAUCACCCUCGACAUCCUUGAGAUCGCGAAACGCGCCCAUGUUCCCCCCGCAGACGUCCGACGGCUUUGCGUCCGCGUGGUCGAGGCGCUGCACGCCGACCUUGGCUUCAAGACACAAGAGACCAACCUAGAUUCCACGGAAGAGGAGGACCCUACUUCGAACACAAGCCCAGAUGUCGAAGUUAGCCCUGGGCCUCCAAACAAGCUUCAGCCAUUGCGAUGGGAUAUGAUCAGCACCCUGGACCCCACCAUGGAUGCUCUCCUGGGAGGUGGCAUUCCAACAGGAUACGUGACCGAGGUGACAGGCGAAAGUGGCAGCGGCAAGACUCAAUUCCUCCUUAGCCUCCUUCUAGCCGUUCAGCUGGCCAAGCCCCAUGGAGUACAGAAGCGGGCCAUCUACAUAUCCACCGAGCAUCUCCUAGCCACCAACCGCCUCUCCCAGUUACUCGAGUCCCAUCCACAUCUCUCCACCCUGCCCGCAGACCAGGUCCCGACGCUCGAAAAUGUCCUCUCCAUCAACGCCAUGGACUUGGAGACCCAAGAUCACAUCCUCAAUUACCAGCUCCCCAUUGCGAUCACAAGAUACAAUGUCGGCCUAGUCGUCAUAGACUCCAUCACAUCAAAUUACCGCGCCGAACACGCCGAACACACCCCAGACGCCUUUGCUGCACGAGCCACCAUGCUCGCCAACCUAGGCCAGAUGCUCCGCAAUCUCGCAGUGGAAAAGAAAGUUGCAAUUGUCGUCGCAAAUCAAGUCUAUGACCGAUUCGACCCUGUUGAAACCAUGGAAGAAGAUAUCACAACGUCCGGACUCCUAGCACCGAGUCCAGCAGGUCGGGAAUCUGGCGCUGUCUCGCCGAUACCUCCAACCAGAUCCGAUCUACUCGGCCCAUCAACGCAGUCACCAUACGAUGCCCCUUCUUCAUCUCCAGCUCCACAGAACCUAGGCGAAGAUGAUCAGAUAGGCUCAUAUCAGAUUGGGAACUCAAGUCGAAACCCACUCAUGACUCUUAUGUCCCAGGAACGCUUCUUCACUGGCUGGGGGGAUAGCCGGUAUAGUACAUCAUCUCUCAAGACCCCAGCGCUGGGUUACAACUGGUCGACCCAGAUCGCGUGUCGCAUUGCCUUGAAAAAGGAGCCUCGUUUGGUUUUUAUGCCGGAUAAUACAUACCCUCUAUCCACGCCCUUGGAGCAGAUGGACCGCUCUGAGCAGGAGAAGGUCUUCGACAUAAAGCCUGGAUUUGCUACUGCCCGACAAACACAUACAAGGAAUGCGACACCAGAGUCCCCGGAAGAGCCUGCUCAACCUCCAUCUCCCAAGAACGCAGAACUUAAAGGAGUGUCAAGGUCUGCGUCUCCAGUUAUUUCUGAACCAGAGCAAAUCACAACGCGAAUCAUGAAAGUUGUAUUUGCUCCUUGGACUGCUGGCUCAAGAGAGCUAGGGGAUAACGAAGCUGACACAGAAGAAUCAUUGAGAUCAUGGCCCAGACCAAAAAGCGAAACAAGAUUUGAGAUAUGGAAAGGAGGGCUGCGGAGUAUCGAGGCAGAGUGA